AACCAUAUUAGCUUUUAGUUGAUCUUCUACCGGCACUCUGGCAAAAUGAAAGUUUUCCGCGAAGCAUUAAUAAUUUUCGGAUUUUUAACCGCGUGUCUGGUGUUCGCUGAAGCGUCCAAAGAGCGUUAUGAUAAUUUCAAAGUAUUAAAAAUUAAAACUAAAAAUGCUAGACAACGGCAAGUGAUCGAAGAAUUGGCAGAAAACAUGAAGGGUUUUAAUUUAUGGCACAGCGAUGAUAAAGAAGUUCACAUAAUGGUAAAUCCACAAAAGCUCAUUUAUCUACAAAAUGUUACGCGAUCCUAUCAACUACCCUUUCAAGUGAUGGUCUCAAAUGUACAGAGUCUAAUUGAUGCGGAACAGCGCGCUCAAUCUACCGAUGAUUUGUCAUUUGGUUGGACGCGUUAUUACCUCUUAGCAGACAUUGAAGCUUUUUUGGAUGACAUACUCGCCAAAUAUCCCGAAGUCACUAGUCAUAUAGAUAUUGGCACCAGUUAUGAAGGACGUAAGAUACACGGCAUCAAAAUCUCCUAUAAACAAGGUAAUCCCGGUAUAUUCAUUGAAUCGAACAUACACGCACGUGAAUGGAUAACAUCAGCGACCGCCACCUGGUUCAUCAAUCAGCUACUAACUUCAACCGAUACUGAUGUGCGUGACUUGGCUGAGAAUUAUGAUUGGUAUAUUGUGCCAGUGCUGAAUGUGGAUGGUUUUGUCUACACACACACAACGGAUCGUAUGUGGCGUAAGACGCGCCAACCGGUGGAGGGUUCACGUUGCAUUGGCGCCGAUCCCAAUCGUAAUAGUGAUUCACAUUGGAUGGAAAGUAAUGGCGCUUCUUCAAAUCCUUGUAGUGAAACCUUUGCCGGCAUACAACCAUUCUCUGAGCCAGAGAUUAAAGCUGUUACCGAUUAUGUUGCAAGCAUUAAGGAACGCAUAAAUAUUUAUCUCGCCUUUCAUUCGUAUAGUCAAGUGUUGCUUUCACCCUAUGGACACACGACUGAGCAUGCAGAUAAUCACGAUGAUUUAAUGGCUGUAGCAAAGGCAUACUCGGACGCGGUCAAAGCAUUGCCUUAUGGCACGGAAUAUACAUAUGGCACAUCAGCGACAUCUAUGUAUUUUACUACCGGUUCGACCAGAGAUUGGGUUUAUAAUGAGCAAGGUAUUCGUAUUUCCUACACCAUUGAAUUCCGAGAUACUGGACGCUAUGGUUUUAUCUUGCCGCCGAUACAAAUAUUGCCACAUUGCGAGGAUACGCUAGCAGGUAUUUUGGCGUUGGUAAAGAAAGCCAAAGAGUUGAAAUAUUUGGAAGUAAAAUAUGCACUUUAAAUCAUAAAGAAAUGGUCAAAUUUUAUCAGUGUUCAAUAUAUUUGCGUUCAGACAUGUGUAGAUUUUAAUUAUAAAAAUAUAUUGCAUUAUAUAUUCUCUA